UUUUACUAAAACGAAAAAUGUUUGAGGAUCAGGAAUUGAAGACUAUUAGAGAACCUGUGUUAUUACAAAACUCCAAUGGGUCUUGGUGUUGUGAUAUAUGCGGUCAUGAGGAAGACCAAAAAGAAGAAGUUAUAACACAUCGCAUACAGCAUUAUCUUAUUGAGAAUUCAAAACAAUGUCCAAUUUGUCACAAAAUUUUCACACAAUCUAGUUCUCUCAAAAGUCAUUUAAAUGUACAUACUGGAAUAAAAAAAUUCAGAUGCAAAUAUUGUAGCAGAAAGUUUGGUUGGAGAACACAAUUAACUCGACAUGAAAAUCUUCAUACUGGAAAAAGUCUGCAUACAUGUGUGGUUUGCUCAAAGUCUUUUAUGACAAAAUGGUUGAUGAGAAGACAUAUGAAAGUUCAUGAAAAAAAAGUUGUAGAAGUUCAUGAUUCUGAAAAAUCUUCGUUUCAUAAUGGGUUACAUAACCGUGAUGGAUUACCAAGCGAUUUUCAUAAUGGAUUGCAUAAUGAUUGUAAUGAAGAUUUUCAUAAUGAUACUUCAUCCAAUUUAACCUGUCAAGAAUGUGGUGCGAUAUAUGCAACGACUGAAAAUCUUAUUAGUCAUUUAUUAGAGCACAAUAUGAACAAGCAAGCACAGUAUUUAAGUACAAUUAAUGAAAACGAGCACUUGAAUUUUGAUAAAUCAAAAGUGAAAAAAAAUCUUACAACUAUUGUUUCUAAACUUCAUAAUAAAGUUGAUGAAAAGCAACUAAAACAAGAAGCAAUUACUGUACAGGUGGUUGAAGAGAAAUGGUCUAAUCUUGAUAUUCACACAGAUAGUACCCAAGAUCCAUUUAUAAGCGAAGCCACCGAUUUUGUUGAAGAUCCAACUGGUAUUUCAAAAACACAUAGCAAAAUUCCAUCCUAUGAACGAAAACAAACAUUUAUGCGUUCAAUGAGAGCUGAUAUAAAAGAAUUUAGCACAAAAGUUUUAAGAGAAGUCACUUUGCUUAACACUAAAAUUGAUAGUUUAACAAAUUUAGUGGCCUCACAGUCAUUAAUUCUGAAUAGAAUGUUACUUGGAGGAAAGAUGAAUGUUAGUGGAGUUUUGGAUUUUGGUGUUCAGCAAGCAUGUUCUGAUUAGUAUACAGGUACCAUAAAAACAAAUAUAUUUAAAUAAUUUUUGGAAUAGUUAUGUGCAACAUACAGCUUACAUAACAAAUUUUAUCAGUAGGCUACAAGACUAUUGUAAAAUCUCAAGUAAAAAUGAUGCCUUAACCAAACAAGAUGUUUCUUAGAAAGAUGCAAAUCUCCUUAGCAUUUAUUUUCAUAAAUUACACGUGCGUAUACACCGCGUUAAAAAUCGAUAUUGGGUAAAAGACAUGAAUCUUAUCCUUCAUUUUCUAGAUUCUUUUGAAUCUUCAAAUGUUUUUGGAUUUUUUAGUAUUUAGUAAAACAAGUUUAAACUGUUAUCAAGUUGCGUAAUGUAUUUCUAACAUAAGACUUGUAUAAGAGAAGAUUCUUGAAAGGGGUUGUUUUGGUGAUUGUUAAAGUUUACAUGAAGCGUAAGAAAGAAUUGUCUAAAACAAUGCUUACUUAAAAAAGUACGAUGAA